AUGGAGCAACUUAUUCUCGGUCCUAACAUUACAACAGGUGAAGGUUUUCAAUUAGCUUUAUCAUAUGCAAAACAAAAUACACUCAACAUCACAUUCGAUAAACUUAUAUCGUCGGUUAUUGCUGAAGCUGAAAAAAGAAUCAAUAUGGAUCCAACUGCUUCACUUGAUAAUCUUCCUGUGCUUGUGGCACAAGCGUGUCUUGCCGGUGCCAACAUUAUCUUUCUCGAAAAUGCCAUUAUUGAUGCUCAAACUGAAAAUAUGAAGAAAUUUCUACGAGAUGUUAUUGGUGAACUAGUCAAAUUGUUUAAACACGAUCCUCACGUCGAACAUCAAUUUAUCUUAGAAUAUUCUGAACUAUGUUCUAAGAUAAUUACCAUGCAACUAUUAUAA